AAAUCAAGAAGCUCGCGUUUUUCACGGACAUUUUUCGGGGGGUGAAUUGUUGCAUGUGUCGAGUUCUGAAUUUGAGGUCGUUUAACAUUGUAGCUGGGUUUCUUUUUGUUCUAAUAAAUCAAUUCUGUUGCCCCCGGAAACUGAGGGGUGAUACGUAUUUAUUUUGGGGCAUUUGUUAAAAAUUACUGGAUAAAACGCACAGCCACUGUAUUAUUUUGAACGGGGGAAGCCAGGGAUGUCAACGCUGUCCAACUAUGCCAUGCGAAUGGCGCGUCUCGGCGCUCGUAUCUUUGGGGAGGUGGCACAGCCCACAGACAGCCGCUCGAUGAAGGUGGUCGAACUGUUCAAGGAUCAGCCCUUAGCUCUCAGGAAGGAAGUGUAUGACUGGUAUCCUGAGCACAAGACCUAUUAUGCCCUGACCAGGAAACUCCGGUUCUUUGGCCUCUUCAGAGAUGAACACGAGGAUUUCAAGGAGGAAAUGCGUCGAUUGAGAAAACUCCGUGGCAAGGGGAAACCGAAGAAAGGGGAAGGAAAGAGAGCCAUGAAAAAGAAAUAGGCUGCAAUAUGCACUCCCUGAUAAGGAAGGCUUUCUAGACCAACGGUGAAUUUCGUUGCACAGCACUGACCAAUUAAGGACUUACGCUCUGUUGCACUAAACCUUCCAUCUAGUGCAAAGGCAGAUUUUUGCAAGACUUCUUAAUUAACAAAUAACUGUCAGCAGUGUGAAAACUGUUGUUUUCCAUGUUUAAUAGAAAAUUUCAGUGUCUGACAGAAAAAAUGGGUGUUGUGCUGUACUGCACGUUUGUUUCACACACCUGGUGGACAGAUAAAUUGUGAUAAUUGUCGUCAUGUUAGUGUUUCAUACUGCAGAGUUGUAAAACUGGGUAAUUCAUCUUUCAUGUCCCAAAAAAAAAACUUUUUGAGGUAGCCCUUUCAGAGCGAAAUACAUAAACAAUCAUCCUGU